UGAAGCAUUUACAUUAUGGCGAUUAAUCACUCCUCCAAAGACACAUUACAAUCUACUGAUUCCAAGUUCUGUGAAUGGAAGACAAAAACAGACUUGUAUACUCUGCUCGUUUUCGGAAAGCUACACUAAAAUGUUAGACACACCUCCCAUAUACUGCUGCUUCCUCCAGAUGUGGAAUGCUUUCUCCUUCCCAACCGGUGAGCCUAGGAUCUGGAGUCUCGGGGGACAGUACUUUACAACAAAAGGGCAAACGGAGCCCAGAUGUGAGUCUGAACCACAAAAUGACCAUGGGAUUCCCUAUGACCCUAUGUAUUGUCCUUGCUGUUACUUGUCCCAAAACUUUGGCUCGAUACACCACAGAGUCUGAAUAUGGAAGUGGAGAGGGAGAAGUCACAACUUUAGUUUCUCCUACUCAAAACCUGGACUUGGGUGAACUUACAACCGAAAAUUCCUUCAAAAAUGGGAAUGGCACAACCACCAAUUUCAUGGAUAGUGUAACUAAGUUGUUAAAAGAUUACAUGUUGCUCAUUAUCGUGGUGGGUUCUUUAGUCCUCUUGCUCAUAUUUAUAGUUUGUGCAUCAGUGAUUAUGAGUCAUAAACGCAAAGCAUCUGCCUAUUACCCUUCCUCAUUCUCCCACAAAGAGUAUGUCAACCACAAUGACACAAGCGGAGGAGUAAAGUCCUUUAAUGAGAUUCCUGAAAAAGGCCAAAAUUCUAAAACCGAAGAAGUUGUAGACUCAACCAAACAACUACAAUCUGAUAUCAUUAAUGCUGCACUGAACCUUAAAUCUCCAACCAAAUGUGCCAGCAUCAAAGAAAAUGAAAAAGUCCCAGAUGAACCCAAAGAAACCAAAGAGACAUCUAAUGAAGAAAACACAGAAGAAGCCACUAGCAACAAAAGUGAAGAAAAUGUCAAAACCCAAGAAGAAUCUCCAUGUGAGAAAGUGGAUGAGGCUCCAUCAGAGCCUCCUGAGGAACCUAAACCAGCAGGUGAAUCUCCAGAGGCCUCAGCUAAGGAAAAUGUUCAAGCAAUUAAAGAAGAAGGUUCUGGAACUGUGGAAGAGGCAAAUCCUGUGCCGCCUGAGUGCGGAACAAAAAACACCUGUCCUUGUGAAAGUAAAGAAUCUGAGCCAACCCCAGAAAAAUGUGGGGUGUAAAAUAAAUAUUAGUAGUAAAAGACAUGAAAAUGAAAUCUAACUUGAGCUAAUAUGCAGACGGUUCUCUACGUAACCCAGAAAGCAGGUGUUAUAUCCACAGACAAUGAAUUGUAGCACUUAACUGUACACCGCAGUCAUGAACUUUUUGUUAUUUUUUCUGGUAUGUUUCAGAAAUAGGGCAAAGAUGACUCCACACAAAUAUUCUUGUUUUUUAUGUACGGUAAUGACUCUGUAAAGCGGAGAGUUAAAGUAGUAGUGUUCAUCCAAGUUUAAUUUAUGGCUCACACUGCAAUUACAAUGCAUAAUCAAUUAUAUUAGGCAACGGUGACCUAAUCUCUAUAUACUUUAGCUGUUUUUCCACAUGCAUAAGAACCUUUUGCAUGGAUCUGAAUUGCCUCUUAUUUGCUUAUAUUAUAUAUCAACUCAAAUGUGUACAGUUCAUUUGAUCUACAGAUUCAUAUUCAAAGACUCUGGAAAAUAAAUAGGCAAAU